AUGGCAGGAGAGAAAGCAGAUGCAGUCGCUUCAGACUUAUUUGCCAGCUUGUCAUUAGACAAACCAGCAACAUCAAAAGAGGACUCAAUAAAAAAUGAAGAACCAUCAAAAGAAGAACCAUCAAAAGAACAAGAAACUAAAUCAGAAACAAUGUCAGAUACAAAUUCAGAAUCAAUAACUGAAGAACCAAAACAAGAAGAUACAAAUUUAAUAUCCAACAAGUAUGAAGUUCAAGUUAAAUUAGCUGAUUUACAAGCAGAUCCAAAUUCACCAUUAUAUUCAGUAAAAUCAUUUGAAGAAUUAGGAUUAAAAGAAAGUUUAUUAAAAGGUUUAUAUUCAAUGAAAUUCAAUAAACCUUCCAAAAUUCAAGAAAAAGCAUUACCUUUAUUAAUAUCAAACCCUCCUACAAAUAUGAUUGGUCAAUCUCAAUCAGGUACUGGUAAAACUGCAGCUUUUUCAUUAACUAUGUUAUCAAGAGUUGAUGAAUCAAUUAAAGCACCACAAUGUAUAUGUUUAGCUCCUACAAGAGAAUUAGCAAGACAAACUAUGGAAGUUAUAACAACAAUGGGGAAAUUUUCUAAAAUUACAUAUCAAUUAGUUGUACCUGAAUCAGUUGAAAGAAAUAAAGUAGAUUCUCAAAUUAUUGUUGGUACACCAGGUAUAGUUAAUGAUUUUGUGAAUAGAAGAUAUAUUGAUACAAGAAAUAUUAAAGUAUUUGUUUUAGAUGAAGCUGAUAAUAUGUUAGAUGCACAAAAUUUAGGUGAUCAAUGUAUUAGAAUUAAAAAUAAAAUGCCAAAAACAUGUCAAUUAAUAUUAUUUAGUGCUACUUUCCCACAAGAUGUUCGUAGAUUUGCGGAAAAAAUGGUACCUAAUGCUAAUUCAUUAGAAUUAAAACAAGAAGAAUUAAAUGUUGAUGGUAUUAAACAAUUAUAUAUGGAUUGUAAUUCUGAACAACAUAAAUUUGAAGUAUUAUGUGAAUUAUAUGGAUUAUUAACUAUUGGUUCAUCAAUAAUAUUUGUUGAAAGAAAAAAUACAGCUGAUGAAGUUUAUUUAAAAAUGAAACAUGCAGGUCAUAAAGUAAGUUUAUUACAUGGAGGUCUUGAACAUUCAGAAAGAGAUCGAUUAAUUGAUGAUUUUAGAGAAGGUAGAUCAAAAGUAUUAAUAACUACAAAUGUAUUAGCAAGAGGUAUAGAUAUUGCAUCAGUUUCAAUGGUUGUAAAUUAUGAUUUACCAACAACUCCUCAGGGGCAAGCUGAUCCUUCUACAUAUUUACAUAGAAUUGGUAGAACUGGUAGAUUUGGUAGAGUUGGUGUAUCAGUUUCAUUUGUUUCAAACAAAAAAGAUUUUAAAAUUUUGAAUGAUAUAUGUGGUUAUUUCAAAAUUACAAUGACUAGAGUACCAACUAAUGAUUGGGAUGAAGUUGAAGAAAUUGUUACAAAAGUUAUUAAAAAUAAAAAAUAA